GCUGCGACCAACUUUCAUAUCUAUAGACUCCAAAAGAAAUGAUUUGGUGCAUUGUAUACGUUAAUGGAACAAUAUAACUCUGUGUUCAAUAAUUGUGUUAUAAUUACCACGGUAAUGAACUUGUUCGACAUCAAUCUAUUUUUGUUUUGGAUUCACACGUUUGAAUUAACCCCUUGUUUAAAUGUUUAGUUUAAUUAUGUGCAUGAGUGUAUUUCGUCACCUUAGUGCAAUAACUGAAUAACUGCAUAUAAAAAUAGAAGCAGAUAUUGAGUUAUUGAACUAAGGUGACGGUUUAUUUAUUUGAAAAUAAAUUAACUUCCCUUUUCAAAGUGCUACUCUUAUGUUAACAAAUCCUACACCGGACUUAACUCAUUAUUGUAAUUGUUUUUUUGAGAGGCUUUAUAGUUAACGUCCGGUUUUCAUUUUAAAAUGAAAAAAAACAAGGAUUCAGGAGCCUUUUCUUUACUGAUUUAUUUCAUAUGAUGUACUUACGAACAUGCAACACUCCCGUAUCGGAUGCUCUUUAUGGCGCUAAGUAGAAACAAAUUAAGUUCAUCCAAGGUCACACGAGUAUAUUUUGAAGAAUGUAGUGGGUUUCAAGACAAGAACUAAUCGGACGACAUGACUGUCUCGCACCUGGAUGGCUAGAACCAUAGGUGCUGAUGGUUCCGUCAUCAUAAGUUCAUCAGCAUCCACUGUUCCAGAAGGGGCAUCACUUUCAUUAAACUGCACGUACACUGGAAAUGAUCUGGUGAGGGGAAUACAGUGGAUAAACAAUGGCAAAAACACGAGACGAAAAUACGAUAUAUUAAUCAGACAAUCCAAUCCAUGUUCAAUACAAGGAGUACCUGGUCUCAACCUAACUCUCUUCACCUACACAUGUUUAACACUGACUGUUUUCAAUGUGACACGGAACAACCAGGGAGACAUCUUCACAUGUACAGCAAAUACUAUGAGCGGGAGUGCUUGGGAGAAUAUAAACAGCGCAAAUAGUGUUAUCGUCAAUGUAUCAGGUGGUGUUGGUUCCGUUAUCAUAAGUUCAUCAGCACCCAGUGUUCCGGAGGGGUCAUCACUUACAUUUAACUGUACGUAUACUGGAAAUGAUCAAGUGAGGGGAAUACAGUGGAUAAACAAUGGCAACAACACGAGACGAAAAUACCAUAUAGCGAUUCAACAAUACAAACCAUGUUCAAUAUUAAGAUUACCUGGUCUCAACGAAACUCUCUUCACCUUCACCUGUUUCACAUUGACAGUGUUCAAUGUGACACGAAACAACCAGAGCGACAACUUCAAGUGUGCAGCAAUAACUGGUGUGACUAUAAACAGCGAAAAUAGCAUUAUCGUCAAUGUAUCAGUGCCGAUAUUAACCGUAGAGCUGACUUCACCGACUGAAACAUAUGUUACUCUGAACGCGGGUGAAUUGAGGAAUUUCAGGUGUCGUACAUCAGGUGGGCUUCCAAAGCCAACAGUGGAGUGGUAUAAGACGUCUGGGAAUACCUGUACCAGGAAUGGCAUCAGGAUAACAACAAACAUGUCCAGUUUACUGUCUGCAAAUAAUGGUUUAAUAGAAGUGGAAAGUUCGCUUGAUUUUUAUGCAUCUAGUUCUGACAAUACUCUCUGGAUUUGUUGCGCAGCAAGUAAUGUCAACUCACAGUGGAAACUUUCACGAUCAAAACAAUUAGAAAUUAGAAUGCCAAUAUCAACAGUUGUGCUAACUUCACCGCCACAGACAUAUGUCACUGUCAACGCGGGCACACCAAUGACAUUCACGUGUCAUACAUCUGGUGGGCUCUCAAAACCAACUGUGGAUUGGUAUAAGAUGACUAGUGAAAACUGUUCAAGGAGAGGCGUCAAGAUAACAACAAACAUGACCAGUUCAACGUCUAUAAAAAAUGGUCAAAUAGAGGUGGACAGUUGGCUUGAUUUCUAUGCAUCAAAUUCGGACAAUCAUCUCUGGAUAUGCUGCGCGGCUAGUAAUAUCAACUCACAGUGGAAAUUUUCAAAUUCAAAGAAUUUAAACAUAAGUUGUAAGCUUUUAAUGGACAAAUCCAAAAUAGAAUAA